AUGAAAAAAAAUAAGGCUCCAGGACCAGAUGGUUUUUCAACUGGAUUAUACCAUAAAGCUUGGCCUAUUGUUGGAGAUUUAGUAGUUGAGGCGGUUUUGGAUUUCUUCAAAUCUGGAAGGUUACUCAAAGAGGAGUUGGUUAGUGAUUAUCAUAAAAGUCAAGGAAAACCUAGAUGUACUCUGAAGGUUGAUCUUAUGAAAGCCUAUGACUCAGUGGAUUCUAACUUUGUGUUGCAUUGUUUGAUAAGUUUUGGUGCUCCUUUGAAGUUUGUUGGGUGGAUUAGAGAGUGCAUUACUAGCCCUCGAUUCUCUAUUUCUAUUAAUGGUACUCUUGUGGGAUAUUUUCAAGGGAGAAAGGGAUUAAGACAAGGGGAUCCUAUCUCCCCUUACUUAUUUGCUGUUGCUAUGGAGGUUCUUUCCCUUUUAUUGGCUGAGGGAGCUUCUUCUUCCAUUUCUAGAUUUAGCUUCCAUCCGAAAUGUCAUGAUUUAAAUCUAACUCAUCUUUGUUUUGCGGAUGACUUACUUAUAUUUUCUGCUGCUAACUUGUCUUCUAUCUCUUCGAUUAAAGACAUUCUAGGCGAAUUUGAAAGUCUCUCGGGCUUGAAGGUUAAUCCAGCAAAGAGCUCUUUCUUUUGCUCUAGUGUUAAACCAGUUGAGAAAGAGGGUCUGCUGAAUGCUCUGCAGAUGAAGGAAGACCGGUUCCCUAUCCGGUAUUUGGGGCUGCCUCUUAUUACAAAGAGGCUGUCAGCUGCGGAUUGUGAAGGUUUAAUUGCUAAAUUCACUGCUAGAAUCGACUCUUGGUGUGUCAAACACCUUUCUUUUGCUGGGAGGUUGCAGUUGAUUUCCUCGGUUCUGUUUAGCUUGCAGGUUUUUUGGUCUAGAAUUUUUAUCCUGCCUUUGAAAAUUAUCCGGUUGUUGGAGCAGAAGCUGAACCGUUUUCUUUGGAAUGGCAAUGAUUCUUAUGCUCGAGCUAAAGUGGCGUGGGAUAAAGUGUGCUUUCCUAAAAAAGAAGGGGGUCUAGGUAUUAAGAACAUGGCCAUUUGGAACCAGGCAGCCAUGUUGAAGCACAUAUGGAGUCUUUUUGCACAGGCUGGAUCUUUAUGGGUUGCAUGGGUGGAUAAGAAUUGGUUAAAGGGUAGAAGUUUUUGGGAGAUUUCUAUUCCUAAAUCUUAUGGCUACUUAAUGGACAUAUAUGGUUUUCGUCCUGUUUAUGAUGCUGGUAGUUGUAUUGAUGCUAAACUUUCUUCCAUCAUCAAGAGGGGGGAGUGGCAUUGGCCUUAUGCUCGGUUUGAUCUACUGGUCCAUAUUCAAAGUCAGCUUUCACUAGUGACAAUUGGGUUAGAUGACCAGGUUAUUUGGAAAGCUAAAAAUGGAGUUUAUAAUUGUGCAGAAACAGAUGCUUUGAUUACCAAGGAAAAAAUGUGCAUUUGGGGUUAUGAGGGUGACAUCUUAUGUCCAUUCUGCAGAGCAUGUAUUGAGUGUCGUGAUCAUUUGUUCUUCAAGUGUAGUUUCAGCCGUCGGAUUUGGAGGAAUGUAAUGCAAAGUUGCUUGGAACCUUUUCCAGUUGUGGAUUGGGAUGAUGUGGCUAUUUGGUGUAUGAUGCAGUUGAAAGGUAAAAGCCUUAAAACUAGGCUCUGUAAAUUGAGUCUAGGGGCUGUUGUUUAUCAUAUUUGGAUUCAACGUAAUAAUUUGAUUCAUGGUAAUGUGGUGUAUUCAAAGGAAGGCCUUAUUGCAAGGAUCAAAUGGGAAAUCAGUGUCAGCUAUGACAAAGCCAUUACAUUCAACCUGGCUUACUGCGCCAUUGGUAGCCUCAUACCAGCCGUUCACAGCUGCACCAUUUACUAUCUGGCCACUAGCAACCACUAUUGGUACCCUCAUUCAGCAUUCCGCCUCCGCUGGCUGUCCACUGGCAGCCUACCUCUGAUCCUGCCAUUAAUGCUAGCAAACAUCUCUAGUAUCGCCUCUUUCAGCCAUCCUCCGUUUACCGCUCUUCGACAUUAA